CAUCAUUCUACCCCGUCAUCAAGGUCUAAGCUAGGCGAGACAAAGUAUCUAGGUGGUGUUGGAGUGUUGGAGUGUUGGAUGACCCAGAGAUUUGGCCCCCUGGUAGUUAUAAUCAAUAUUACGUAUAACAUCUCCCACUCCUUUUCAACCCUUACCUCCUUCCUUUUAGCCCUUGCAUCCCAUUUCAAAAUUUAUUUGGCGUAUAAAAGUAAUUGUAAGGCCCAUUCAUGCCCAUCCAUGCAUUUAAGUCCGUCUAACUAUGUAGCCAGAUGUUGCAUAAUAUUGAUAGCUGCUCGCCUCACGAUCGUGGAAGCCUUGCACUAUGUCUAGACGAUUAUUCUAUAGUCUUUCUAUCUUAAUUUCCAUAUCAGCAUUGUUUCUUGCUCGGUUUAUAACUCUGAGCCCAAGUCCCAAGUCACCUCCUGUUGUCAUUGGUCGCGCAAAUGUUGUCUUGUUUCUCGUCAACAGCGAAGCUGGGUUAUCGAAUGUGUUCGUAGCAAUAGCAAAAUCUGUGCUGGAACAGCAUCCCGCGGUGACGAUACACUUUGUAUCAUUCGCACCCCUAGCACCUCAACUAGAGCGCAUUUCCUCGUAUAUUCGCGUCAAGAACCCAUCCAACCCCGCUCCAGAUAUCAGAUUGUCUGGCAGAAUAAUGUCCAACAUGGUCCAUCGAAUCACACUUGAUUUUUUAGCAAUUUGGUAUAUGUCAACUAAACGUGAGAGGUGAUUUUCAACCGCUAGAAGAAUGAAACCUACCUAAGUUGGUGCAAGGAGAGGCCAACUCAAAAACGCCCUUGGGGGCACCUGGUUCAGCUGGCUUGUAUUGUACAGGUACUUAGGUAAUUCAGGUAAGCCUCAAGUGCGGCUCAGGUUUAAAGCGGCGUUGCCUAGGUACCUAUGUACCUAUUUAUGUAAUAUACAAAAGUGGGCA